ACUUGCACACCCAGAACAUGCAGGCGUCACCCGGGGUGACAGAGUAUUUAGGAUGGGACUACAGACAAAGGAUAAGGGUUUCUUCCUCCUGUAGGCAUUUCUAAUGGCUCCUUUGAGACAAACCACAUGAAUCCCUGCUGGGAAGCCUCGCUGAGCUGUGGAACCGGCUCCCGCUCUGCUGAUCAUGGUCAACAAGACCUUAACUUACUGGGGUCCCAGUUUUGAGGAGGACGUUAUCAACAUCAACGUGGGGGGCCUGAGAAGGCGGCUCAGCUCCAGCGCCCUCUCCAAGUUCCCCAACACCCGCCUGGGCCGGCUGCUCUCCUGCGACUCGGAGGAGUCCAUCCUGCAGCUCUGCGAUGACUACGACGUGAGCGCCAGGGAGUUCUACUUUGAUCGAAACCCUGGCUUCUUCCUCUACGUGCUCCACUUCUACCAGACGGGGAAGCUGCACGUCAUGGAGGAGCUGUGCGUCUUCUCCUUCUGCCAGGAGAUCGAGUACUGGGGCAUCAAUGAGUUCUUCCUGGACUCCUGCUGCAGCUACCGCUACCAUGAGCGCAAGCUGGAGAGCCGGCACCACAACUGGGAUGAGGAGAGUGAAGUCAGCAGCGUGGACACGUCCCCCGAUGAGAUCUCUGACAUCAACCAUGACCUGCUGCACUACAGCACCCUGCGCUGCGGCAACGUGCGCAAACGCCUCUGGCUCACCAUGGAGAACCCCGGCUACUCCAUCCCCAGCAAACUCUUCAGCUUCGUGUCCAUCAGCGUGGUGCUGGUCUCCAUCGCCACCAUGUGCAUCCACAGCAUGCCCGAGUACCAGGAGGUGGAUGAGAACGGCAAUGUGCUUGAUGAACCCAUCCUGCACAAGCUGGAGUAUUUCUGCAUCUCCUGGUUCACCUUCGAAGUGUCUUCCCGCCUCCUGCUCUCCCCCAGCCCCAGGAAGUUCUUCAAGCACCCAUUGAACCUGAUUGACAUUGUCUCGGUGUUGCCCUUCUACUUCACCCUCUUGGUGGACUUGACCGUGGGCAGUGACUCAGAGCUGGGCAACCUGGGCAAGGUCGUGCAGGUCUUUCGGCUCAUGAGGAUAUUCCGGGUGCUGAAGCUGGCUCGGCAUUCCACCGGGCUGAGGUCGCUGGGGGCCACCUUGAAGCACAGCUACCGGGAGGUGGGCAUCCUGCUGCUCUACCUGGCCGUGGGGGUCUCUGUCUUCUCUGGCGUGGCCUACACCGCUGAGAAGGAGGAAGACGUCGGCUUCGACACCAUCCCAGCGUGCUGGUGGUGGGGCACGGUCAGCAUGACCACCGUGGGCUAUGGCGAUGUGGUGCCCGUCACCGUGGCAGGCAAGCUGGCCGCCUCAGGCUGCAUCCUUGGGGGCAUCCUGGUGGUGGCGCUUCCCAUCACCAUCAUCUUCAACAAGUUUUCCCACUUCUACCGCAAGCAGAAGGCGCUGGAAGCGGCCGUGAGGAACAGCGGCAAGAAGGACCCCGAGGAUGCGGGAAGCGUUUCCAGCCACGACCGAGACUCGGAGGCUCUGAGUGAGAGCUCCAUGGGCAGAGGCAGCCCCGACCGCCGCGGGCUGACCCCUGGCUCCCACCACACUCCCUGACCCCUCCGCGCCGCCGCACCAGGGACCCGCUUGCUCACGGUGAGCACAAUCCAGCUGCUGCACCAGGACGUGGCGCCUGGCAUCGCCCCUGCCCUGCAGAGGACCAAGGAGGGCUUGGAGGAGAUGCCCGUCUGCUUCCAGCCCCCGGGAUGCAGUGGCUGGAUCCUCCUGGAUGUGUCUCAGCCUUCACCCAGCGGUGGCUGCAGACAGAGGCUGCAGCACUGGACAGACCCCUGCCGGAAAGAAUAGAGGUGACCCCCAUCAGGCUCUGCCCUGGCUGCGUGAAGGGGGAAUCUUCCUCUGCCCUGAGGUUUUGUGUUUCCCAGGGUGAGGUGGAGGAGCUUGAGAGUGAGGCAGCCCCCAGCCAGGCUGGCUGCCCUUGCAGGUCCUGUACAAGUUUGGCAUCAGCUCAGCCCCAGUCCUACCCCAGCUGGAAGCAGCCUUGAAAAGCUCACCUGUCCCAGCAGCCAUGGGGAAAAAGACUGGAAAUGAGUCUGUAUGGGAGGAGAGGUGGUGUCCAGCUCAAGGUGAGCCCCACUGUCCUUAGCCCCUGCAGUGGGAUCGACUGGACCUUGCCUUCCUUCCACUGCAGCUGGUUUUUAACCGGUCUCCUGAGCUGCCACCCCUGGGACCCACAGGGAUGUGGGGCUGAGGCUGCAUCAGGAGCACUGUCCAGGAAGGGGGGACACCAGCCAGGCAUGAGCGAUAAAAGGGACACUGUCCUCCAAGGCAGGAGCAGCCAGAGGAGGUGAAGCUGUGGGAAUCGAGGGGCUACCCCCAGUAGGGCUCAGCCCCCCCAGCUCUUUGCUCCAUGGGGCUCCCAAGCCACAGGGCUGCUCUGUGUGGCUGCUGGCACUCAAUGCCCGGGGCAGGGAGGAGGCAGAGUCCCUGUAAAGGGCUGUCAGGGAGCAGACACAGGGGGAUGCUCCUGGGCACGGAGAAGCUGUCUGUGCCAUUGCCGUAUACUGCAGGAAGAGCUGCCAGGGAGCCCAGGGGCUGCAGCAGCUCGUGAUGGGGUGGACGAGGUGACCAAAGCCAGCCAGGCUCAGCACAUGCCCUGUUCCCCCUCACCACAACCUCCAGCCUGGCUUCAUUCUGCUGCCUCAUCCCUCCCUGCCUUGGGGCCAGGCAGGGGCAGGAGUGCCUAAGCAGGGGGUCACACAGUCCCAGGUAUCACCUCUCCCUGGGUGCUGAUGCUCUCACCUUCCCUCUGCAUGGAGGGAGCAUCCCAAUGUCUGCGAGAGGCUAGGGCAAAGUGGACCUUGCUCUGCUCCCCCUCACUGCAGCCUCUGGGCACCUCACGGCCAGCAAGGAGAUCCACCCAGAGCACCAGGCCCCCUUCCUGCCCGGAUCCCCAACCUGGCUGAGCACAUUGGGGGCUGCUCCCAGCACAGCAUUAAUUCCCUAUGGAAUUUUCCCUUCACCCCCCCCAGUUCUCUGUUUGGAAAUGUAUGGCUCCUUUGUGCACAGAGGAGUACACCCUGUAUUGCAGUGCCAGUUCUGAGCAGGAGAAAUGUGCAUCCUGCAGACACCCCAUCAGCCCAAAAAUAGGUGGAUGGCUUCAGGGUGACCCCAGGCUCCUGGUGUUUGCCAUGGGCUGUCCUGGCUGGCUUUUGGCACAGCCACAGUUGCGGUGCUGGCUCUGCCUGUAGCCAUCUGCUCAUCAUAGGGAAGAAAAGACAAACCAGUGCCAGCAUGAACCCCAGUGGGAUGCAGGGAGGGGUCCCCAAGGAACAGUGGUGUGGGAUGGGGGGUGCUCACCCUCCUGGCAUCAUCAAGUCUUCCAGUACUGACAGUCUGUGGUCCUCUCUGCGCUCGUUCUUAUUGCAAGCUGGGACUGGUGAGCAGCGUUGUCCGCUCCAACCAGCUCCCACUGCACUGUUACUUGAAUAAAGGAAGGAGUUUCCCCUUCUCUCCAUAAGUAUUCCAGUAGCAAAAUGUAUUAAAAUGUGAAGACUGAAUUACAUGUAUUAAUGAAAAAGCAUUAUGCAAAUAAUAAAGAGCAUGUAAAUUAAUUUUCUAUCUAUGCAUGGAUGCAUACUGUAUAUUUUAUUAAAGACCUAAGUGACCCGC